UUUUCAGGAUGACUGAUGGUAUGAAGACCGAGCUGGUGAGCGCCAUCCACCUGCAGGAGGUGGAACUGCAGGAGAAGCCUGCAGACAAGGAGCAGGGCAGCAAGAACAACAACAAUGCAGCUUAUGAGACGUUCACUGUCGAGGACGCCGUGGAAACUAUCGGCUUCGGACGCUUUCACAUCAUGCUGUUCGUCAUCAUGGGGAGCUCCAACAUACUGGAGGCCAUGGAGAUCAUGCUGCUGGCUGUGGUUUCUCCCGAGAUUCGAUGUGAGUGGCGUCUGGAAGACUGGCAGGUCGCUCUGGUCUCCACAGUGAGUGAUACU